AAUUAAAAAAGAAGGUAAAAAAAAAUAGUGAAAUUGCCAAACCACAACAGCUGUUUGUUUUUUGUAUUUGUAUAGUACAUCUAACUACACUCCUGACGACAAGCUAUGCUGUGCUACGCUGACGACUUUUAUUAUUUUUCAAACUUCUAAUAAUCAUGGAAGGCGGAUUCGUAAAAGCAGACAAUACAAAUUUACCGAGAGUGAGCGCCUUGAUGAUCGGUAAAUUCUUUGCAGCCAAUCCAGAUUUUUGUUCUGCUGAACUACGGAAUGUUAAGACAUUGAUAUCUGGAAGAGAGUCUUAUGGUGACGAUGCAAUAGGUUAUGUACAACUGAGGAGAGAGCAAAGUACUUGCAUUGUUAAAUGUACCGUUUGCCCAGAACACAGAGUGCGAUGUAAAGCUUAUGCAGCUACACUUGUAGUGAAUGAAGAGGAGGAAGUGGUGACAAGUGUGAAAUGCCACGACUGUCCUGCAUCCGAAGGUGGCUGUAAACAUGCAGUUGCAUUUUUAAUGUGGCUGCACCGACGAAGCGAAGAGCCUCCCUGCACGUCGAUAGAGUGCUACUGGAGGAAGUCCAAUCUCAGUAAAGUUGGAACAUCCAUCAAGAUAUUGACUGCGAGAGACAUGGCCAAAAGAAAACCCAAAGAAUUUGAAGAAGAACCUCAAUUAAUGAUCGAAUUUGUGGAAGAAUGCAAAAAAAGAAAAAUUAACACAUGCCAAAUUCUGAAACAUGAAACUGAAUAUCCUGGUGGUCUUGGCACAGUUCUAUCAAUGCACAGUUUAAUAAUUAAUCACUGCGAUGAAAAUUGUUGA